AGCCUCUACUGCACGCAGGAUCAGCUGCCGCGUGAUUUCAGUCUGAAGUAACCCUGUUUUGUUUGGUGCAUUACGUACAGAUUAUCUAGCGUAGUGUCCGUAGAAACAUGCGUUCCGAAAGUUUUUCCACAAUUAGAGAAGCUGAAAAGGCUUAGCAGUAACCCUCGUCCCAUGUUACACGCCUGGAGCCGCAAGAUUGUUGGCACUGUUUUGCGAAGGUGCUGCUGCCUCCGCGUGGACUUUCGCGGCACCGCUGCAACAUCGUGCACCACGGAGGGUGAUCGCGUGUUGCCGCGAACCAUGAAGCUCGACAGCCCUCAGUUCCGCGCGCUCUUCACUCCCGAGGUGAAAGAGCUGGUGGAUAUAUUCAAGCGGCACGGCCACGAGCUUCGCAUAGCCGGAGGCGCCGUUCGCGACCUACUGAUGCACAAGCAGCCUCACGACUUGGACUUCGCCACGACCGCGACGCCGACCGAGAUGAAGGAGAUGUUCGACAACGAAGGCGUGCGCAUGAUCAACACCCGGGGCGAGAAGCACGGGACCAUAACGGCGCGCAUCAACGACAAGACCAACUUUGAGGUCACCACACUACGUGUAGACGUCGUCACUGACGGACGUCAUGCCGAGGUCGAGUUCACCACCGACUGGCAUACGGACGCCAACAGACGCGACCUCACCGUGAACGCACUCUUCCUCGGCUUGGAUGGCACCGUGUAUGACUACUUUCGCGGUAUCGAAGACUUGGAGAAGAGGCGCGUCGCCUUCGUGGGAGAUCCCGCGCAGCGGAUACAGGAGGACUACCUGAGGAUACUGCGCUACUUCCGGUUCUACGGACGCAUAGCAGUUCAACCGGACAGCCACGAACCCGAGACCCUCACCGCGAUACGGGAAAAUGUCGGAGGUCUGGCUCGCAUAUCUGGCGAGCGCCUCUGGACCGAGCUCAAGAAGAUACUCGUGGGCAACUUCAACAAGGAGCUCGUGUGUCGCAUCGUGGACGUGGGCGCGGCUCCCUUCCUGGGCCUUCCGGAGUCUCCAGAUCUCCACGAGUUCUGCAAGGUCUGCGACGCCUCCAAACAGCUCGACCCGCAGCCCAUAACCCUCCUCUCUGCGCUCCUGCAGAAUGACUCGGACGUCACAAACAUGCACAACCGGCUAAAGCUCUCUGCCUACGAGCGAGACCUCGCACUGUUCGUUGUCGCCCACAGAGACGACGAGUCCUCCUUCGGAGACCGGUUGAAGCCCUUCCAGGCGCUGCUCUUCACAACCAAGGGCAAAGUCGGGGACGUGCAGGAGUGGAUCUGCGAGGUCCUCAAGUACCGAGCCGACGCCGAACUCCUGGAGCGCUUCCGGUGUUGGGACGUGCCCAAGUUUCCAGUCAAUGGCAACAUGCUCAUAGAGCGGGGCCUCAGGAGUGGCCCCAAGUUUGCGACGGUGCUGACGAAGCUCAAAGAGCUCUGGUUCGACAGCGACUUCACAAUGACUGCCGACGAACUACUCAAGAAGCUUCCAGACAUUCUAGCCGAGGUCAAAACGAGUAGUAAAUCGAAAAAGGCUUGAUGUCU